CAGGAGGACUGUGUGAGAUGGGGGGUGAGUUCUUUUCAUCUCAAGAGCCCGGCCACUCAGUCCAAAUGAAUUGCCGCUCCGGCUAGGAGUUCUACCUUCUCUUUUGACUGAUUUCAAGCUGUUUCUUACAUUGGGUUCAUUAAUGCCUGCGUCUACACGGUCACAAACGAGAGAAAGAGAGAGAAGAGAGAAGCUUCUGAGUGUUGCUCUUGAGGGAGGGAGGAGAGGGAAGAGGAUUGUUCGUCCCAGACAAGUAAGGAAGUACGGACCCCUCUUGAGAGACUUAUUGACUCCCUCGUCCUCCAUCAUGGCAUCUGCAGCAGAUUGGAAGCUGCAAAUGGACGCUGCCCCUGAGGCAAAGAAAGCGCAGUACCGAUUCUUCUAUGAGAAAGCAUUGAAGAGGGAGGAGGAAGGGAAAGAGAAGGAGAGGGAGGAGAAGGUAAAGGCUCAUGCAGCCAUUUUCUGUACCUUGCCUGCCCUGACCGAUGCGAAGGUGGAAGAGAAAACCGUUCCACUCCUCCGGGCUUUGGUGGACGUCCGGACUGUUGAGGACCACACUGGCCAACUCGCCAAAGUGUUUGAUGAACUUAAGAAGUUGCGCGAGGACAUGGCCCUGAUAGCGCAACAGCACCGUGACCAGCUGCAGCAGUUUGCUAAUGUGCAGCCAGCUCAAAGCAUCCUUCCGUCUACCUACCCUGCUUCUAGUGCUGCGUGUCAGUCUGUUUUUGCCCCUCUAAAUGUGUCUUCUUCUACUUCUUCUUCGUCUUUGAGUGUGGCUAACAGCCAAUCCGGAUCUGCAGUAGGUCCAGACCCCGCUGCUGCUGCUGCAGCGGCAAGUGGCAGUACAGGGAAUUCUGGAACUGUUGCAGUCUCGAGUUCGGACCAAACAAUGGCUGGUCUUAGCGGCAGCUUUGCCUACAUCGACAGGAAGGCGGCGCAGAUUCCGUACAAGUAUGACGGAAAGGACGACAUCGAGUCUUGGAUCAGCUCCAUGCGAUCCUACUUUGAUGUGUUGGGGACCCCCCCGUCAACCUUGUCGUCUAUCCUAGGGACUAAUGUGGAGCCCGUCGUGAGGGGUUUCUUGGAAACCCAAGCUGUCCAAUCAGGCUAUAAGAGAAUAGACCUGAACAAACGGCUGAAGGCUACGCCUACCGCCACACUCGAGGAUCUUUUGAUCAAACAGUAUGAUGAUCCACAUGCCCCUCUAAAUGUGUCUUCAGCAGCCAAAGCUAGACUUAAGCUUGACAAGCUCAAGCACAGCAAGUGGACCGGCACCAUGCAUAGCCUGCAGCAGUAUGUUAGUAAACUCUUUGCUACUCUGGAUAGGGAGACGACUGCGCAGUCUUGUUUGGAUGUGAUAAAAGGGACGGUCCCCUCUACUCUAAAAGAUCGCCUAGGGCUCGGACUCAGCACAUAUACAUAUUGGCUUACCCUCAUGCGGGAUUUAGUCAAGCUGGAGGCACAAGACCUCCCGGGUGGAUCAAGUGGCAAAAAGACCACCAGCCGCAAACGGUUUCCAGGCAGCAACCGUUUUGCAGCACACGAUCUGCUUGAGGCUGACGAGGAGACCCUCGUGGAGGAAUCUUCUCUUGAUGACGAUCAAGAGCAAGACUGCGGGGUAUUUUGCUCUUUGUUAGCCCAUGAGUCUGAGUAUGUGAACGACGAUGAAUCUAUGAAUGCCUUCAAAAUGACUGCCUUUAAAAGAAGCAUGAUGCCAGUCUUCAGAAAGGCCAGCUUUGUGCUUUGUUCACUUAGUUUGUUGGGUCUUUUCUCCAGCUUCUGAUUCUGCUUUGCUCUUUUGGUG